AUGUUCACAGACUCUGGUACCCAGUCCAUUAAAAAGAUCAAUAUAGUCGAUGAUCCUCGGAUCCGCCGCUGCUCUUCUACAAUCAACGGCAAGACUUACGGAUAUCUUCUAGCUGAGCCAGAGGGUGGUUUCACCCGUACUGUAUUCUUGAUCCAUGGCUUUCCGGACUUAUCAAGCGCAUGGAGGAACCAGAUCCCUCUCUUCUUGAAGUUUGGGUUCCGAGUCGUCUGUCCUGACUGUAUUGGAUAUGGACGAUCCGUGAGUUAUAUCUGCCCCGGAGGGAUAGAAAUGGGCACUAAGAUGAGAACCAAGGAUGCGCCGACUGGUUCGAUCAUCCCGUAUACAUUCAAGUCACAUGCAGAUGACUUUGUUCAGCUUGCAAAACAGCUCAACUGCGAGAAUAUUAUCGUUGGUGGACAUGACUGGGGUGCAGUAAUUGCCUACCGUUGUGCGUUAUACUAUCCCGACUUCAUCACACAUCUCUUCACAUUUGUAAUUCCGUAUAUCGCUCCUUCAUUUAAAUGGGUGGAAACCGACGUCCUAGUGAAUCGCUUCCCAUCGCUGGGAUACCAGCUUCAAUUUGGCAGCGAUGACGGAGUUAUCGAGUCCUUUACCAGAGAGAAAGCGGGGAUACGCGCAUUUCUAAAUGCCUUGUACGGCGGUACAUCGCCAGCCGGAAAGUAUGCGAUGGAUGUAACUAAGGGUGUUGAUCUGGAGUUAGCACCAAAGCUACAGCACACACGUCUAGUUAGCCCCGAGGAGUUGGAUUUCUAUGUUGAAGAGUUUGCAAGAAACGGACUGCCGUGCAAUUAUUACAGGAACCGUAAGCAGAACUUUGAAGAUGAGCUGGUCUUCAAGGAUAAGCCCGAUGCCGCCUUCAUCACAUGUCCGACGUUGUUUAUACGUUCAGUUGAUGAUGCGAUUGUGACAUCUGUUAUGGUCGCUUCGAUGGGUACAAUGGUGCCAAAUCUGACCUUGAAAGAUGUCAAGGCGGGGCAUUGGAUUCUGUGGCAGAAACCCGUGGAAGUCAACGACAUUUUAACUGGGUGGAUGCGCCAGCAGGGAUUGGUUGCAGAGGACACAUUUGGACACCUAUAA